AGCUUCCUGGGUCCAGUCUGUGCCAUAAUCCUGAUAAAUAUAAUGUUCUUUGCCCUGACUCUGUGGAUCCUCAGAAAAACACUCUCCUCCCUCAAUGCAGAUGUGUCCACCCUCAGAGAGCACAGGUUACUGACCUUUAAAGCCAUUGCCCAGCUCUUCGUUCUGGGCUGCACAUGGAGCCUUGCUCCCCUCUCACAAUUCAUCGUCAUAGAGUAUUUACUCUUCAUUGUCAACAGCCUGCAGGGAGCCUUCAUCUUCCUGGUGCACUGUCUCCUCAAUCGCCAGGUGAAAGAGGAGUACAGGAGAUGGAUCAAGGGAUUCCGAACGUACAGCACAAAAUCUCAGACAUCCGAUCUAUCCAUGUCUGCUGUCCCCACCCCCAGCACCAACACG